AACCCCUCCGAACACCUACUCUCGCAACUCAAAUCUACGAGGGAACAGAUCAGCCAACUCUCGGCGGCGGACGUCGCACGGAACCUAAUGUGGUCCAAACAGCGCUUUUAUGAGAAGGGCAAUAAGGCCGACUCACUGCUAGCACGUUGCCUCCGGAAAAAGCAGGACCAAAAAAAGAUCUCCAAAAUCAAGACCCAAAACGGAGAGCUAUCAACGGACUCCGAAAUCAUAGCCCGCGAAUUCCUAAAAUAUUAUUCCGACCUAUACAACCACAACACCACGACAUCAACAGGAGAAGCGGCGCACACGGACGCCAUAUCUUCCUUCCUGAAACCCCUCAACCUUCCCACCCUCUCUACACAGGAGCAAAACAGAUUAGAAGCACCCGUGGAG